AUGGCAGCCAUUCGUCCCAAACAGGAUGCAAUCGAUCUUAUCCUUCAAUUUAUGUAUGCCAUCGAUACCAACGAUAGGACGCUACUCGAGUCUAGUCUGCAUGCCGAUGUGGUAUACGAUCAAAGCGGCUUAGAGAAGGUCACAGGGAUGCCAAUGCCUCCAAUCAAGGGUUUGCGAGCAACUGCUGACCUCCUCAUGGGCAGCGUUGGUCGGAUGGACGCGACACACCACGUAACGAAUUUCCGUGUCCAGACGCUCUCCCCAGACGAUGCGUUGGAGAUCAAGUGCUAUAGUAUAUCCUAUCAUUAUCGACUUGGAGAGGCUAUAGUACCUGAUAAAGAAGGGUUCAUCGCUGGCAACGAAUACACAAGCGAGGUUGUCAAGGACGAUUCAGGCCAGUGGAAGCUCAGGAAGUUCGCUAUCCGAGUUCUAUGGUGCAAAGGCGAUCUGAGUGUAUUCGGCAGCUAG